UGCCUUCGCCCUGUGGUGAGAGGCAGAGGCAUCUUCGGUGACCGAGGAAACAUGGCUGAGUAUACUCGGCUGCACAACUUCCUGGCGCUGAUCCGCCUCCGAAACCCGCCGGUGAACGCGAUCAGUGCAGCUGUAGUCCACAGAAUAAAAGAGGGACUGCAAAAAGCUAUAGAAGACCGUACGGUAAAAGCCAUUGUGAUUUGUGGAGCUGAUGGCAAAUUCUCUGCAGGUGCUGAUAUCCAUGGCUUCAGCGCUCCUAGAACCUCUGGCAGCUGGCUGCCACAAGUCGUAGAUGAUAUACAGAGAAGUGAGAAGCCCGUGGUGGCAGCUAUCCAAGGCAUGGCUUUAGGAGGGGGACUAGAGCUGGCUCUGAGCUGUCACUACAGGAUUGCCCACACAGAGACUCAAAUCGCCUUCCCAGAAGUCACACUAGGACUUCUUCCUGGUGCAAGAGGAACCCAGCUUCUCCCCAGACUCAUUGGAGUUCCUGCUGCACUUGAUUUAAUUGUGUCAGGAAGAUUUAUUUCGGCAGGUGAAGCACUCAAGCUGGGUAUUCUAGAUCAAAUUGUCAACUCAGACCCAGUCGACGAAGCAAUCAAAUUUGCUCAGAGAGUUUUAGAUCAACCUCUAGAAUCCCGUAGACUCUGCAACAAGGCAGUUCAGAGCUUGCCCAACAUGGACACCAUUUUCAGUGAGGCCUUCUCGAGGGUGCGGAAGCAGUACCCUGGGUCCCUUGCUCAAGAGGCUUGUGUCCGUGCCGUCCAGGCUGCUGUGCAGUAUCCCUAUGAAGAGGGCAUCAAGAAGGAGGAGGAGCUCUUUAUGUACCUUCAGAAAUCAGGGCAAGCUAGAGCCCUGCAAUAUGCCUUCUUCGCUGAAAGGGCAGUAAAGAAGUGGUCAACUCCCUCCGGAGCAUCCUGGAAAACAGCAUCAGCAAGGCCCAUCUCCUCAGUUGGUGUCCUUGGCUUAGGAACAAUGGGUCAAGGCAUUGUCGUUUCUUUUGCAAAGGCCAAGAUCCCUGUGAUUGCUGUAGAAUCAGAUAAAAAGCAGCUGGAAACUGCAAACAAGAUAAUAACCUCCAUCUUGGAAAAGGAAACAUCCAAAAUGCAGCAGAGUGGCCACUCUUGGUCAGGACCAAAACCCAGGUUAACUUCAUCUAUGCAGGAGCUUGAUAGUGUAGACUUAGUCAUCGAAGCAGUGUUUGAGGAAAUGAACCUGAAGAAGCGUGUCUUUGCAGAACUUUCAGCCGUGUGCAAGCCAGAAGCUUUUUUGUGCACCAAUACUUCAGCCCUGGAUGUUGAUGAGAUUGCUUCUUCCACCAAUCGCCCUCACUUGGUCAUUGGCACCCAUUUCUUCUCACCAGCUCAUGUCAUGAAGUUGUUAGAGGUUAUUCCCAGUCGAUACUCUUCCCCUACUACAAUCGCCACUGUUAUGAACUUAGCAAAGAAGAUUAAAAAGAUUGGAGUAGUUGUAGGCAACUGUUAUGGAUUUGUGGGGAAUCGAAUGUUGCGUCCUUAUUACAAUCAGACAUAUUUCUUACUAGAAGAAGGCAGUAAGCCAGAGGAGAUAGAUCAGGUGCUGGAAGAAUUUGGUUUUAAAAUGGGGCCUUUUAGAGUAUCCGACCUUGCUGGGUUGGAUAUAGGUUGGAAAUCUCGAAAGGAGCAAGGUCUUACUGGACCUACAUUGCCUCCAGAAACUCCUGCCCGAAAGCGGGGCAAUAGUAGAUAUUGCCCAAUUCCUGAUAUGCUCUGCGAAUUAGGGCGAUUUGGCCAAAAGACAGGUAAGGGUUGGUAUCAAUAUGACAAGCCAAUGGGUAGGAUUCACAAACCUGAUCCCUGGCUUUCCAAAUAUCUGUCACAGUACAGAGAAACCUAUCACAUUGAAACACGUAUCAUCAGCCGGGAUGAGAUCCUUGAGCGCUGCUUAUAUUCACUUAUCAAUGAAGCAUUCCGUAUCUUGGGAGAAGGAAUAGCUACUGGCCCAGAGCACAUUGAUGUUAUCUACUUACAUGGGUAUGGAUGGCCAAGGCACAGGGGCGGGCCCAUGUUCUAUGCUUCCACAGUUGGGUUGCCAACAGUUCUAGAGAAGUUACAGAAAUAUUCCAGGCACAAUCCUGAUAUUCCCCAACUGGAGCCCAGUGGCUAUCUAAAACAACUGGCUACCCAGGGAAACCCUCCUCUGAAAGAAUGGCAAAGCUUGGCAGGGCCCCCCAGCAGUAAAUUGUGAUUCAUCCUUCCAGGAAAGUAAAUCCAAAAAUCUAAAGUAAGAUUGCUCUGAAAUACAAAGCAAAAGAAAUAAUUGGUUGGCUAAACCUCUUCUUUCAGUCUUCUGUCUGAUGACUCUGAUGGGUCAAAUCUUUAGGAAUGUGCUUCCUAUGCCUCUGAAUCUGUCCCUAUCGGAUCAAUUCAGUGAAUAAACUUGUAUGAAUAUAAUACCAUAAUAGCUGAUGAGAGAUACUCAGGAAUAAUAUGUCAAUUAAUAAAGGGUAAAUUCAUCUAAGUUAUAAAUUCAUUUUGACUCCUUUCAACCUCACACACAUAGUAUUGAUCGGAAAUCUUAUGAAUCAUACAUACAUUCAACAAACAUUAAAGUUUCAGGUAAAACACAGGUGGGAAGUGGUGAGGGAACCAAGUACUUCAGACCAGAAUGGGGAACUCAGGGUAGCUUGGCAAGUCAUGCUCCACAGAUCACUUCUGUCCAAGGCCCAGUCACAUGUGUACAGUCGUGCUUGCUGCUUGCAAGACGGUCAUUUCCCCAAGAGUAGGUGAUGUCCACAACCUGGUCUUUAUGGUCUUUUCUAUUCGUGGAGAAGUAACAGAAAGUAGUAAGUUGUUAGCUUAGUAUAAGAAGGGAUCUUUGAGAGCAUCUAACCUUAUAGGAUUUCUUAAUUCUGUGAUAGAGUAAUGAUGCCAAUUUCCCUGUUGUGACAAGUCUUUGUGAUGUUGUAUAUAGAAAUGGUUGAGUCGUGAACAAUCCAAAAUUAUUGCAAAACAAAUUUUGUAUAAUUUUGUUAUGGAAGUUCUUCUCUUUUACUUUUUGCCUCGUGUAGUUAAAAAUUGUGCUGGUCAAUACAAAAACUUGUACACAAAUUCUGUAUAGCAGAAUUAUUCAUAAUAGCCAAAAACUGGAAAUAAUCCAAAUGUCCA